AUGAUAGAAUAAAAUUAGUAUUAUAAUAACCUAAAAGAAUUUGUAAGCUCUGAUUUAUAGUCUCAUACCAAUUUGUAAAUUGUCCUGCUGCGAAAUUAAAUAGGGAUAUAAGAAGCUUAAUAGUUAGGAUCUGCUUUUCUAAAAUGCUCUAACCUCUAAACUUUGAAUCUAAACUUAGAAUCUAACAGCAUUAAAUAAUAAGGUGUCUUAGCUAUAAGUUCUGCAUUAUCUAAGUGUCCUAAAUUAUAGAACUUGGAACUUUUGUUGUGCUAUAAUGAAAUUGAAGCAAAAGGUGCAUCCGACUUAGGCUCUUAGUUAGCAAAUUGUAUUAAUCUCUAAAAUUUAAAGCUAGAUUUAUCCUGUAACGAUAUUGGAGAAUAUGGUGUUUCUGAUUUAGUCUCUCCUUUAAAGAUGUGUUCAAAUCUUUCUGUCUUAACAUUAAUAUUAGAAUCUAAUUGGAUAGGCGAUGGUGGAGCUUCAGUUUUAGGUUUACAAUUAUCAAAUUGUAUCCAUCUCUCAAUUUUGGAACUAAUUUUAAAGAAUAAUUAAAUAGAAGGCGAAGGUGCAUUAAAUUUGUAUACUUCUUUGUCAAGUGUAACUAAGCUUACAACUUUAACUCUCGACUUAUCAUAAUCAAAUGUGACUUUAUUUGAUUCAAUACAAAAUGUGUCUCUUUUAGGAUCAAUAAUAUCAAAAGCUUCUAAACUUACUACCUUAACAUUCAUUCUAGAUUUUAGUAGAAUAAAUUAUGAAAUGAGUUUCUUUUCUGAUGAAUAAAAUUGUUUAAAUCUCACUUCUUUGACAUUUUUCUUAAAAUAUAAUUAAAAUUUUGAAGAACAAUUAUCAUAUUUAUAUUCAUUGUUGGCUCGUUGUACUAAUCUUUCGUUUUUAUCUCUUGAUCUUGAAUUUAAUAAUAUUGAUGAUUAAGGGGCAUCAUCUUUAGGAUUUGUUUUAACAUAGUUAACUAAUAUUUAUGUUUUGAAAAUUAAUAUAAGUAAUAAUUACAUUAAGAGCAAAGGAGUACAAAAUUUAUAUUUGGGUUUAAUUAAGUGCUAAAAUCUGAGAAACUUAUCACUAGAUUUGAGAAAUAAUGAAAUUAAUUUAUAAGAAUCACAUUACUUAUUUUCUUGUUUGACUCAAAUAAUUAGCCUUGAAUAUUUGGAAUUAGGAGUAAGCUCCGAUUCCUCCUACGAUACUUAUUAUUGCUAUUAAUUUAUAGAAGAUUUAGCGAAUUGUAUUAAUCUUAAGACUUUGACUCUCAAUCUUGAUAUAGAUGGUAUGUAAGGAUGCAACUAUAAUAAGUUCUCUAAGAAACUUUAGAAAUUAAAAAGAUUUGUUUAAUUAUUCCUCACCUUUUCUAAAAAUGAUUCUUUCUGA